AUGGCGUUGUCUAUGGUCUCAUUGAAGCAGGACCCAUCCUUCGGGCUGGACUCGAGGCGCAGUUGGGUGCCUGCGGUAUUUUUAAGCGUAUCAUUAACCACGGUGCUCAUUGGGCAGUAUUCGGUGGGUGUACACUUCUACGGCAUCGUCCGCACUUACGGUGUCAGCCAGAAGGAUUCAUCGUGGCCACUUGUGCUGAGCCAGAGCCUGUCUUUCUUGGCAGGAAUGUCUGUGGGCGGCGUCUUCGUCGCGGCCACUGUUCUUGUCUCCCAGUAUUUCGAGGCACGGCGCGCUACGGCCAUUGGUCUCAUCGUCACGCUCAGCGGAACCAGCCUGCUUUACGUUCCAUACAUGGCUGACGUUUGUCACUCUACCUACGGCAUCAACGGCCCAUUCUUGUUGUUGGGUGGAGUAAUGCUGAAUGCAUUCCCACCAGUUUUCACCCUCCGCAGUCCCGAAUGGCUGCGACGUGAAACCACUCCUUCUAUUAGAGCACGCAACGAGUUCCACGAAGCAACGCUCGCAGAAAAAAGCAACAAUCACGCCACCAUUGACAGUGAUCACCAAAAUUUAUCUUCUAACGUUGUGGCAUUCGGUAUGGCAACGUUUAUCAUGUUAGCGGUAGACCUCGCGACCGACAGGGAAGUCAAGCCUUCUAAGGCAGUGUUCCUUCUGAACGUUUUCGCUGCCGCCGAUAUUUGCAUGAAGCCAACCAGUGGCCUUCUUGUUGACUUCAAGAUAUUGUCCCUGGAAGCCGUGAUGUUUCUGGGCUUCCUUCAAUUCAUCGCCUGCGAGCUCCUUGCCAUUCUCAAAGCACUUCCACUCAUGCUGGCGUCUGGGGCAAUAUAUGGCGUCAGUAACGGUUGCAAGUUCACACUCCUAGCGCCGUGCCUUGUGAAGAACUUUGAAGUGGAGGCACUGCCAAUUAUGAUGGGCGUAGUGACUUUCUGCAAUGGACUCGCGCUCCUCACAAGGCCCCUUCUAGUGGUGAAAACGUACAAUGACCUUCUUCACUUCAAGGCCGGGAUAAAUGCCUUCUUCGGCGUCGCAUGGAUUGUACAGAUCUACAUGAAAAGACGAGAACAGCCAGCUCUACACACCUGA